CUUGUUUCUCUGAUUCUCUCUCUCUCUCUCUCUCUCUCUCUCUCUCUUUUUUUUUUUUUUUUUUUUUUUUUGAUUGUCUCCAUUAACAAUUCAUUCAACACAUUAACUGCAAUCCAGAUCGAGGAUCUGCAGCUAACUUUGACUCAAUGUUCAAACAUGUCUACCCUCCUUGGCACAAGCCUGUGCAGCGAUGUCUUUUUGUGAUCGCUGCUGUCCUCUGCAUUACUCUUCCUGUAGCUUAUGGCAAACACCAUAGCAUCUCCUCAAAGACUCUCGGCGCUGUCCUCGGCGUCUUCUUUGGCCUUUGGCUUAUUUUUUCUCUCAUUGCCCGAUUCUUGAUUCCUUCACCUGUGGUUGAGUCCAGCUUACCUAUUUAUACUCACUCACCAAUACGUACACCCGUCGUCCUUCACUCUCCCAAUCGCUCAGACGCACAACCUGCGGCACCUGCUAUUCGGCUUCAUCCUCCUCCUUCCAGUGAUGCAUCCCUGUCACCAUCACUACCACCUAUUCCCUCUGCUGUGGUCAAAGGACCACGAUUUACACUCCCUGAAAGCACCUCUACAGAUGAUUCUUCAAACUCCUUGAUGCCUUCUCGAGCACAACACAACGUCACCUUUCAGACUCGACCAAGGGGUAACACAGCGGAUUCGACUAACUCACAAGUUUACCCAACAUUCGCAGUCUAUCGUCAGGCUCAGCAUGGCAACUUUGAAGCCUUCGCUCAGCGUGUGAAGAGAGCCUUUGCAGUAUCACAAGCACAACAGCAGCUGCUUAAAGAAGACGAAGAUCGCCGCCAACAAUUGGAGCUAGAGCACCGAAAAGAAUUACAACAGGAUCAUGGGCUGCAAGCGAGACCUAGCAAUACCAGAACGCGUUCAUCCUCCAGCAUACUCAACCCUUUCCCAUCUUCCGCCACAACAGGAUCAUCGAACAAUAAGAACAACAUCAACGCCACCGGUACCAGAUCACGUUCAGCGUCAGCGGCUAGUAUGAUUGGCGAUAUUGCGGAAAAGAUAAAAAACGGAUCAUUUUUUAGACGACCUACUAUCAUUCCGUUGGCUACUAAUGCAGCAACAGCAAUGGCCUCCCAUGAAGGAGAUAGUUCUGUGAGCCCUGACAAAAAGAGGAAUGACAAUAAUUUAAAAAUAUGUGAGCCAUCUGAAGUUGAAGCGAUUGGCGAAUCCGGAAGUUCGUCAAUGAUUGAGAUCAAAGCCACAUCCUCGGAAGAAAAUCACCCGCAGACCGGCAGUGACCCCGACAGAGUGAGGUGUCGUUCAAACGAGCAGGAAGCCGACAGCGAUGCUAUAGAUACCAAAGUUUAACGAUAGUCAUUUCAAUUGAUGACAUCCAAGCAAAUCAUUCCAAUUAUUAAUACAUCUGGAGUGAUUUUCGACACCCCGAUUACUCUCACUUCCUUACCAUAUGCCUCUACCACUAAUAUCGUUUUAGAAUUUUACCUUUGUAUAGUAUAUAUAGUGAUAUUUUUAAUAUAAACCUUCCUAUUCUCCCAAUCUCUUUCAAAGACUCAACAAUAAAAAAAUUCUAAUAGUUGAUUGGAAUGAAUGGCGCGAUUUAGGUAUUUGGACCCUCGGUCCCGCUUCAAUAUGACGAAACUGUCAGGAGCUUAGU